CCGCCUCCCGGGAGGGUGAGCAGGGCCAGCAGUUGGAGCGGGGUUGCUGUCUUCCCAGAGCUGGAGACCCUCCUUUGAAUCCGGCCCUGGGACAUCUAGUCCUCUUAAGGCAACUUGUUGCAGGUCACAGGGUACUGCGUGGGUGAUUUUUAGUUAACAUGGCCUGCAAGAAACAAUUAGAUACCAGCUAGAGUUCAUUUUAAAAAUCCCUGCCAUCUGUAACUCCUGCAGGAGAAGAGUGCAUCUUCACCGCAGACAUGCUGCUUUAUCAAAGCUUGUUGGCUAAGGUAACUCUGGUAGUUCUCCUUGUUUGAUUGCUUUGAAUAAAGAAUAGAAGAAAAAGAAUACAUCAUGUCAGAGAUAUUAGACCUCUCUUUCCUGUCUGAGAUGGAAAGGGCUUUGAUCAUUAAUGUUCUACAGCGAGAUGAGGAGCUCCGGCAAGCAGAUGAGAAAAGGAUUAGGCGACUGAAGAGUGAGCUACUGGAGAUCAAAAGGAAAGGGGCCAAGAGGGGCAGCCAACAUUAUAGUGACCGGACCUGUGCUCGGUGCCAAGAGAACCUGGGCCGUUUAACUCCCAAGACUAACAUUUGUAGGGGUUGCAACCACUUCGUGUGUCGAGACUGCCGCAUCCAGGAAAGCAAUGGCACCUGGAGGUGCAAGGUGUGCACCAAGGAAAUAGAGCUGAAGAAAGCAACUGGAGACUGGUUUUAUGACCAGAAAGUGAAUCGCUUUGCUUAUCGCACAGGCAGUGAGAUAAUCAGGAUGUCUUUGCGUCGCAAACCUACAGUGAAUAAAAGAGAGACAGUAGGACAGUCCCUCCUUCAUCAGACACAGAUGGGUGAUAUCUGGCCAGGAAGAAAGAUCAUUCGGGAGCAACAGAAAGAGCACAGUGUGCCAUUUGAAGUGCCAAAGUUGAAAAGUGGUAAGAGUGCACUGGAAGCUGAGAGCGAAAGUCUGGAUAGCUACACAGCUGACUCAGAUAGCACCUCAAGGGGAGACUCUCUGGAUAAAUCUGGCCUCUUUCCAGAAUGGAAGAAGAUGUCUGCCCCCAGAUCUCAAGUAGAAAAGGAAAUGCAGCCAGUGGGUCAAAAUGUAGUAUCUGUUGAUGAGGAUGAAAUAAUAUUCAAGAAUACCAGAAAAGUCUUCAGGCCUUCAGAAUAUACUAAAUCUGUGAUAGAUCUUCGUCCAGAAGAUGUAGGGCCUGAAAGUAGCUCCAUGGGAGACAGAAGCAAAUCUGUGCCAGGCCUCAGUGUGAAUAUGGAAGAGGAAAAGGAAGAAGAGGAGGAGGAAGAAGAAGAAGACAUUGACCACUUGGUGAAGUUGCAUCGCCAGAAACUAGCCAGAAACAGCAUGCAAAGUGGCUCCUCCAUGAGUACCAUUGGCAGCAUAAUGAGCAUCUAUAGUGAAGCUGGUGAUUUUGGAAACAUCUUUGUGACUGGCAAGAUUGCCUUUUCCCUGAAUUUUGAGCAGCAAACACAGACUCUGGUCAUCCAUGUGAAGGAGUGCCACCAACUGGCCUAUGCAGAUGAAGCCAAGAAGCGCUCUAACCCGUAUGUGAAGACUUAUCUCCUGCCUGAUAAGUCCCGCCAAGGUAAAAGAAAAACCAGCAUCAAACGGGACACUGUCAAUCCACUAUAUGAUGAAAUCCUCAGAUACGAAAUUCCAGAAUCGCUUCUGGCCCAGAGGACCUUGCAGUUUUCAGUGUGGCACCAUGGUCGUUUUGGCAGAAACACUUUCCUUGGAGAGGCAGAGGUCCAUAUGGAUUCCUGGAAGCUUGAUAAGAAGCUGGAUCAUUGCCUCCCUUUACAUGGAAAGAUCAGUGCUGAGUCCCCGACUGGCUUGCCAUCACACAAAGGCGAGUUGGUUGUCUCACUGAAAUACAUCCCGUCCCCCAAACUUCCUGUUGGAGGCAAUUGGAAAAAGAGCAAAGGUAUGGAAGGAGGAGAGCUCCAGGUAUGGAUCAAAGAAGCCAAGAACCUGACAGCUGCCAAAUCAGGAGGAACUUCAGACAGCUUUGUCAAGGGAUACCUCCUUCCUAUGAGAAACAAGGCCAGUAAGCGUAAAACUCCUGUGAUGAAGAAGACCCUGAAUCCCCAUUACAACCACACAUUUGUGUAUAGUGGCAUGAGACUGGAAGAUCUACAGCACAUGUGCCUGGAACUCACUGUGUGGGAUCGGGAGCCCCUGACGAGCAAUGACUUCCUAGGAGGGGUCAGGCUGGGUGUUGGCUCUGGGAUCAGUAAUGGGGAAUUAGUGGACUGGAUGGACUCAACUGGGGAGGAAGUGAGCCUAUGGCAGAAGAUGCGACAGUACCCAGGGUCUUGGGCAGAAGGGACUCUGCAACUCCGUUCCUCGAUGGCCAAGCAGAAACUGGGUUUAUGAGUCCCUGUCAUCCUCUACAGCUCCAGACCUGGCCAGAGCAAGUCAGAGGAAGUGAAGAAACCAAGAGCAAAGUUUUCUAAUUUAAUGUGUGUGUUGGGUUUUUGUUUACAAGCAUGUAUUUCUGCAAGUCUUAGUCUGCUAGCUAGAGAGAUGCAGACAUGUUCCUCUUUAUAGAACAGGUUGAAGAAUAAAGGUCUCUUGAAAAUGUUUCUACUUGUGCAUAGUCUAGUAUAUCAUCAGAAUCCAUUCAUUUUUGUAUCUGUAUGAAAUCUAACUUUAAAAAGUCUUUAAAAACAAUAUUCUAGCUUCUGUCUUGCUAACCCGGGAAGCCCUGGCUACCUUUGGUGUUAGUUUCAGUCUGUGGUUUAAAGAUGUACCUGAUCUGAUACCAAGGCUCUGGGAAGUAGGGUUGGGUUACUAAAGACAGAGGAAUUGGGAGAGAGGUAAGUAUAUCUUCUUCUUCUUCCUCUCCAAUUUAUAUUUUUAACUUAUCUUCUAUCUUGGAAAAUUCCUGAAACCUGGCUUUUCACUUUUCUUUUUUAAAGCAAUUUCUACCUUGCUUGAGUGUAAUGGUUUUCUUUGAAAUGCUAAGAAAAUUCUUCAGUUCCUUUCAGUUUUAGACACCUUUACUAGCCCUUUAGGGAACCCUUAUAACGGAGUCACUUUAGAAAAGCACUUUAAUUGAAUCAUGAUCUGUUCGCUGGGUGAUGAACAUGCCCAGUGAGACUUUUUGGCUAAUCUGAGAGGAUGUGAGUGACAGAGUAAAGUUUCUCACAGCCAUGCUGAAUUCUCUGCAUUUUAAACAGAUACAGCAGUUGUAGGGGGAGAGAAGUCCUCAUUUCUCUAAAGCAAGACAAGGCAUCUACACUUUCAUACCACAUGUUUCUCAGUGUUUGUGUCUGCAUGGCGUUGCCACACAGAAUGUGGUCUGCAUACCUCUGUGUCAGCCAGAACAACCAAGGAUUGUCUAAAUUGUUAGUGUUUCCCCAGGCUGGGGACCAUUAGUGCUCCAAGAGAACAUGAACAGAGAAUCUUUCAAUUAUUUACACUUCCUACCUGAUGUGGUCUCGGUUCCCAUUUUAUCUGUUUUCUAAAUUUGACCUACAUAUAACAUGGGUGUUGUGUAGCAUAGCUUUUCAAAGAGAGUUCUGGUGAGCUAACUUUUAUUUCCUGCUAUUCAUUCUUCCAGUCUUGACCUUUUCAUUCUUACAAGUGUGUCUGUACAAAGUUGUGUGUGGAAGGAGUGUAUAUCAGAGGAGAAAUCCUUUUUAGUAGAGCCAGCUGCUAGCUGACUUUCCUGUAAAACCAUUGGACUGAGGGUAGCUGUUAGUGGCUUCUCUUGUAUGUGUGGACUCAGUGGAGGAAUGCUGUUAAAAUAUUUAUUUGGUGUGGAUUGAUACUGCAAUGGAAAGUAUUACUUGGGAUUCUGAGCUGUUGCUCUAUUGUUUUCCACUUCCUAACAUGAAUGUGUGCUUCAAUAAAGCUUUUUCACUUGUCAAA